AUGCGUUGCCCGGACCCACGCUCGUCUCACCCGCAUCUUCCACUCGACCUUGACACCACCCACCAUCCCGGCACGUCCUCCGCCUCCUCCACCUUCGUCAACACCUCUGCCUCCAACGCCUCGUUUGCCGUCACCGCCACCACCGCCGCCGCCUCCGCCUCCUCCACCUCCUCACGCCGCUCCACCGAGUCCUUGCGCACCAGGCCCAGCGCCAACCGCCGCGACCGCGACCGGACCUCGCAGGACCGCUCCAAGUCGAUGUCCGCGGCGAGCACCGCUCACAUACGCGCCGCCCUCCUCGACCAGGCCUCCGCUGCCGCAUCCGCAUCCGCAUCCUCGCGCACCGGCCGGCCUUGCCUUCCCCCAGCAUCACGCCCCCCUUCACCCUUGGCUGCUGUAUGA